UAUCACUAACAGGGAAACACUCACUUCCCUAAUCUUCUUUCACAAUUUUUCUUUACAUAUCAAUAAAAACCGCAGAGAAUUCCGGCAUCAGCCCCUAUAAAUCAACCCCUGCAACCCUUCCAUUAUACUAACAUUUCUCUCUUCCUUUCUCUCUCUUUCUUUCUUGGAGCAAUGGCCAAAAUCAUGCCAUUAGUGCUGUUCAUGUUCCUUGUGAAUGUGUUUGCCGAAGAGCUUUACACUCUUCCUUCACCUCACCCCCCCACAUCAGCCCCACUUCACCCUCCAACUUACCCACCUGCAAACGCCCCUCACCACCAUCACCACCACCACCACUCACCGGCACCAGCCCCUGCACCUCUUCACCCUCCUUCUCCCCCUACCCACCCACAUUAUCCUCCAGCUCCUGCUCACCCUCCUACUCAUCAUCAUCACCAUCACCCUUCUGCCCCUGUUCAUCCUCCUCUCAACCCUCCGCUUGUUCCAGUUCACCCUCCUCUUAACCCUCCAGUUCAUCCUCCAGUGCAUCCUCCUGUCAAGCCCCCGGUUCCAGUUCACUCUCCUGUCAAGCCUCCCGUUCCAGUUCACCCUCCUGUUCCAGUGCACCCCUUCCCUAGAAGCUUUGUGGCAGUUCAAGGUGUUGUCUACGUCAAGUCCUGCAAGUAUGCUGGAGUUGACACCCUCUUGGGAGCCACACCACUGCUUGGUGCCAUUGUAAAGCUUCAAUGCAACAAUACAAAGUACAAGCUGGUCGAAACCACCAAGAGUGACAAGAACGGUUACUUCUACGUGGAAGCGCCGAGGAGAAUCACAACGUACGGAGCUCACAAGUGCAAUGUGGUUCUGGUCAGUGCACCCGGUGGCCUAAAAGCCUCAAAUCUCCAUGGUGGUGCCACUGGUGCUGUUCUGAGGCCAGAGAAGCCAUUUUUGUCUAAGAAGCUGCCCUUUGUGCUCUACAGUGUGGGACCACUGGCGUUUGAGCCAAAAUGCCAUUAUUAGAAACAAAAGAUUUGAAUAGACUGAGUAUGGGUGUGUUUCCGUUGUGGCCCUGUAUCUCAAUAUUUAUGUGUUUUCCGUUUGUAGUGUUUUGAGUUUGAACUGAUCAUACACAAAAUAAGUGACAUUGUUCUCGUAUGAAUUGUUAAUUUAGUGUAAAAGAAAUGUUGUUUUAUGGUUUUUUCUUAAGAUGCUGCUGUCUCUAUU